UGGUUAAUUGUUCCCUCUCGUUCGAACAUCAAAAACACACUCUUCCCGUAAAAGUCUCUCUCUCUCUAUCGCAGAUAGGUAGGUGCUUUGUCUCCUUCUUCGAUAACUCCGAUCACCUAAAAACUCUUUCCUUUUGUUCAAAGCAUCUCUCUUUGAUUAAAAGAUACCACACAUAUGACAUAACUUAGUUCCUACAUUAAUUUUGAGGGUAUUCUUGCAAUUUUUUUACCCCUUCUCCAUCGAGUUUCAGAUCUGGGAUUCAAUAAUUAGGGCUUUUGAUUCUGCAUUGUCAAUGUCGAAUUCGUCAAUGUUAAGAUCUGAGUAUAAAUUUUCGAUCUUUUGAGGGUUUCGAUUGUGUGGGUUAUUAGAUAGAACAAGAUUGGGAUAAGAACUUGUGGGUCGUGUGGCAAUGAUGUGAUUUUAGCAUAAAAGUGUUUGCUUCUUUUUGAGAAGAAGAUGGGAUCUGGGCGGAGCAAAUCAUGUCGAGGCUCGUCUGUGGUGAGAGGAGAUGAUGAUAUCGACGUGGCUCAACCUCCUCCGUCUUCUAGUGGUGGUGGUGGGAGCAGGAGAAGAUCAAAGAGUCUUUUUUGUGGUCUUCACUCUUCUUGUCUUGCUUCAUCUUCUACUUCCCACGACAGUGACGAUGAUAAUAAUGCUGACCAGGUGUGUAAUGGAUGGAUGAGGAAGAGUCAUGGAAGUGUUUCACGGCGUAGAAUGGAAGCAAGGAAUCAAAGAGAUGAUUCAGAUUGCUAUGAUAAAGAAUUGACAGAUGAGAAGAAAUCUGAAAACGAAAGAAUUGAGCUUGAUGAUGAGUGUGGUGUUGAAGAGGAAGAAGAAGAAGAAGAAGCUAGUGUAAGCAAUGUACAGAUGAGAAAUGUUAGUGGUUCCAUUCCAGAAUCAUCUACUCCAGGUCGUGUCUUUUCGCAUUUCAAAUUCAUUCCUGGUAACAUAAGCUCUAGACUUAGCAGAGCUUCAAGCUCAAGAUCCUUCAACACUACUUAUCCUGUAUCUUCUUCGUAUCGUCGAGAAGGAGGUAUUACUUCACCUUCCGAAUCUGCUGUUAGGCUCAAUGAUAGAGUCGAGUCUCCGAGGAUUCCUGUGAUUGACAAUGUAGUUAGGGAUAUUGAUGCCAUGAGAUUUGGGGAAGAUGGUAGCUUACUACGGUCUCCAGGAGUAGUUAAUGGUAUGGACACUACCUAUGCUGGUCUUCUUGAUAGAAGACAUGUUGUUCGAGAACCUUCCAUUGAGCGGAAUGUUAGAUUUAGCAGAACUCUAAGUGUUGGAAGACUCCGUGACAGAGUUCUUCGCCGAUCUUCACUCUCUGAUUUCACAUUCCGUGCUUCUCCACAUCAGGGAGAAGAAGAUACUGAUCUCUUCUCUGCUGGAACCGCAGCAGCAGAGGAUACUCCUGUAACUUCAACGUCUAUACUAAAUCGUUCUGCUUCUACAAUUCGAAGGACUUUAUUUGGCCUUCAAGAUCACGAGACACCAGCUCCUCUUGUGAGAGAAGGGAGGUAUCAAGGUUUAUUAGAACACAGAUCAGAUUUCCUUGAAAGGAGGAGGAGAAUAAGAUCGCAGGUUCGCGCUCUUCAAAGAUUAGGAAGCCGGUUUGAGAAUGUCACAAGCCAUCAUGAUAGAUCUUGUGUCUUAUCAGGUGAAGAUCAAGCAGGUCGUCGUUGCACAUGCCGUGCCGGUACUACCACACCAGUUACUACGGAUGAAACAAAUGCAAGAGCUAGCAUCUCAAGGAUAGUAUUGCUAGCUGAAGCUCUCUUCGAGGUACUUGAUGAAAUUCAUCAGCAAUCUGUUGUCUUAUCCUCUCAACAACCAUCAGUAUCAUCUAUAGGAUCUGUUCCUGCACCUAAUGACGUUGUGGAUUUAUUACCGACAAAACUUUAUACUAAGUCACAAAGCGAGGAUCCGUCACAAUGUUACAUAUGCCUUGUGGAGUAUGAAGAAGCAGACACUAUAAGGACACUUCCUUGUCGUCAUGAAUUCCACAAAACCUGUGUGGAUAAAUGGCUCAAGGAGAUUCACAGAGUAUGUCCGUUAUGUCGAGGAGAUAUUUGUAGACAUGAUCCAUCAUCUCAACAACAUUGAUAACAAACAGUCUUACAUACAUGAUGCUUAAAGAUUCUGAUUCUACUAGAGACCAAGAACAGUCAUGGGUUUUUUUGUCUGCAGCUGUAUCAAAAAUGUUGUGUUUUGCUCGUUGUUUGUAGCUUUACAGUGGAAAGACAAAUUCAUACUUUUGAAACAUGUAAACAUAUGAACCAAAUUGAUCCACACAUGUAAACUCAGUAAAUCCAUUGAUGAUGUUGUACGUUUCAUGAGCA